AUGCACCACCGUGUAACCUUCACCUUCUCCCAUAAAAAAAAGGGGUGGGAUUUUGUUUUCAAAAUGUGAAGUACAUGGGUGUGUGUGGCUCUGUUUUCUUAUCUGUUCCAGCUCCUCCGAACAAAACGCAACACUCAAUCUAAUUCAUGCUUCUUCCUCCAUCUCCCAUACUGCUCCACCGCAUUCCUCAAGUCCCCUCCAGAUCAUGUCUCAAGAAGGAAGACUUCAAGGCACGUUCCUGAACUCGGUAUGGCCAGAGGAGCUCAAAGUACCAGAGCUGCUCAAGUCGGCGACAGUUCGAUCGCUGCAUGCAAACAUCGACCAUGAAUGGGAUCCACUCCAACGCUCUGCAUGCCAGACUGCAGCAGGGCGAGCCCUGUGGAAUCAUGUGAUCCACGACCCAGUGGCUGAAGUCCUCGCAGGGGAGAGCUUCCUCCGAAACCUCUAUGAGAAGAUGAGGAAAGACCAGCUCAGCAAUGCUCGGGAAGUCUCAGGUGUGAUACUUGCAGUCCGAACCCUGUGGUUCGAUUCCAGGAUCGAAGCUGCCAUCAAUUCUUUUGAAGGUGGAACAGCUCAGGUGGUUCUUCUGGGUGCAGGAAUGGAUGCAAGAGCCUACAGGCUAAGCUGCCUGAAGGAAUGCAAUGUCUUUGAAGUAGACUUCCCUGAUCUCUUGCAAACGAAAGCUGCUCUAAUACAAGAAGCAAUAAGAUCUGCAGAGCCCCAGCAAAUUGCGAUGAUAGCGAAGUCUUUGAUCAGAGUGGCUGCUGACAUUAGAGAUGGUAACUGGCUUGAGAAGCUCCAGAGGUCUGGGUUUGCUCCUGAGAGGAACACGGUAUGGGUACUCGAAGGCAUCCUCUAUUAUCUUCCACAUAUCCAUGCCAUGCAAGUCCUUCAGUCUAUAGCUGCUAACUGUGCCUUGACUCCCACCAUCCUCCUUGCGGACUUCAUGAACAAAUGCUCUAUCUCUAUCUCCCAUUCCACCUUCCAAUUUUACAGUGAUUGGCCCGAUCAUCUGCUGCCUACUCUUGGGUUUUCUAAUGUUAAGCUUUCACAGAUAGGUGAUCCUGAUGCCCAUUUUGGAUUGCUGCAUGACCCCCAGAACCUGUUCAACAAGCUAAGGAACUUGCCUAGAUCCCUACAGACCCAUCCAGAGGAUGGAACUCCUUGUCGUCGUUUGUACCUGGUGGAAGCGUCAGGAUUUCCUAACCAGGCUACAGCAUAGGAGAUCAAAGUGUAAUUAUUUUUAUAAUAUACACAUACAAUUUGAAUCAUCAGUAGAGACUAGUAGACAGGAAUCCUUCAUUCCUUCCAGUAAUUCUUGUGGCAGACUGCUUCAAAGUCAAAUAUCCUAAUGUGUUUAAAUAUACUAUCACUAGGAUCUCAAAUUCUUCAUCUCUCCUCAACAGGAAGAAAUUGUAAUGCUUAUAUUUGGCAGCAGAGCACUUGCUUUUGGACACUGAAGAUGACUUCUUUCAUCAGUGUGUCAUAGUUUAGUGACAAUUUAAUCAUGAAUAUUUUCAAAAUAUUCUUACUAUUUGGUUCUUUUGCUGUAGUAUGUAGUACUGUCUAAGAUUUUUCUAAGUUUUCCUAUCAAACUCUAAUUCAAGAAUAAUAUCUGCAAGUAGUGAAACCAAAACACAACAAAGCUCACUUAGAAAAAAUGAAAUAAGCUAGCUUAUAGGUCUCUUCGGGCAUGACGGCAAGGAACUUGUUGAAAUGAAAGGAACCUCGGAAUCAAUUGCAAGCAACUGAAGAUCAUGGGAAACAGAGUGAUGAUAUUAUGGUAGAGUGACGAAACUGCGACACUCUAAUCUUGCAAAUUACAACAGCCU